UACUUUGACACGGUAGGUAAAGGGGGCGUAAUCACGUCGUUAUGAAUGAUAUCAACAUCAAACAUUUUCAGUAAAACAAUCGAAUUAUCGAGCCAUAAACUACACGAUAAUUACCAGCUAACAGCUGUGUAAAACACGUCAGGCUUCCCGAGUAUUUGUGUACACGUUGUUAGAGGAAGUAAAACAGAUUCUCCACUGAUGGACACCGCUUUCGAUUAAUUAGCCAUCAACAUUACAGAUUCCCGCUAUGAAAUGCGGAGAAGAAAAAAGCUGGGAUUGAAGUUGCUGUUAUUGGUGAGCUUAUUUGCAGUUACGUCAAUAUUCGUCCUGAAGAUAUGGAGAGAAGGAACGACAACCUCAUCGAAUCUCCCUCGAAGUCUUUUGACAAAAUUACCGCCCCAGAAUUUCAGCCUCUCCGACACAACUUUGCUGACACGAAAACUUGAUCAAAUGACCAAACAACGCGCCAUCGCCUAUAACUAUGCAGUGGAAACCCGAAUACAGGAGAAGGAAGACUUCUUAUCAAAAUACUGCAACUCACCGUUUGUGCGGACUACAGGGUCGGAAGGUUCACUUCCGGUCGGUUUCACAUUGAGGCUCGUGCACGUGUUCACCCGUCAUGGUGACCGCACAUCAAUGCAUAAGCUACACGGCACUAAUACUCAAAACUACAGCUGCAGUUUUCCACAGUGGUAUAAAGAUAGCGACGAUGUGGCAAAAUAUUUCCCGUACAGUAUGACCAGAUUAGCCGGGAAGCACUCAGUUGAAGGCCAUUUCCGAAAUUGGGCUUUAUAUCCGGAUAAACCAGUCUGUUCCGACUCUGAGCUGACCAGUCGUGGAGCAUUGCAGCAUAUUAACUUGGGGAAGCAUCUGAACGAUCGAUAUAUCAAAAGACAUUCGCUUAUUGAUGCUAAUGAAACUUUUGAGGAAAAACUUAUACUGAAAAGCACAGGGUACUCACGCACCUACCAGAGUGCGACUGCGCUGAUAUACGGGUUAUUAUCUCAGUUUGAUUUGUCAAAAAUCCGAAUAGAGCAUUCCCGUAGCUUGCUUUUCUGCUCAGAAAGUCAACAUUCCAAUUUAAAAUGUAAAUGCCCAAGGGCUAGCGAUUAUAAAGAAAGAAUUAGUAGAAUUUCAUCGAAUAUCAGCUCGAACAGGAAACAAAAUACAGCUCUUAGGCGUAAAGUAGCCAGCGCACUCGGACUUGACCGCAGUGCCAUUCCGUGGCUGUCGGCGAUAUUCGACGCACUGACGCCCGCGUUCUGCCACGGACUCCGCGAGCCUUUUCACUGUGGUGGCGAUACAAGUAAUACAGAGUGCAUUGAUUAUUCGCUUAUUAACGCGCUUUUUAAGGAAGUGUCGCAACAAGAAAAGAUACGAAUACGUGACCCUGAAAACGAGAACGUGGAUCUCAAAUAUGCGUUAUUAAGUACAUACCCAGUUUUAUUGGAAGUUCUUCGGCGCGUUCAACUGAUCUCGAAAGAUCUUAUUUACGAUGGACCGAAAUUCGUUAUUUAUUCCGGACACGAUGUUACACUGACGCCAUUACUGGUUGCCCUAGGUAUCUAUGACAACAAAUGGCCGCCAUACGCAUCGCGAUUGGUUAUUGAAGCAGUGACACGUGACAGCGAUGGCGGCGUGUUUCUUAGAUUUGUGUAUAACGGCAAAGAUAAAACGGAUAGGGUGUCGUUUUGCAAAGACAUUGUAGCGAAGAGAUUGUGUCCACUGAAGGCAAUCGUUGAAUUUGUUAGUGCCGAUAUGCUCGGACAGUUUAACACAACGGGAUAUGAACAAGCAUGCAGAUAUUAAGAGGAAAAUAACUAUUUCUACUUUUUGAAUAUAACGCGCCCUGCAAGAUUUAUAUUAAUUCUGAUUGUUAUACCGGGUCGUUGUGGUAUGUAUUUAUCGUUAAUGUUUGAAUGACUAUUGCUGUUAUUUACGCCACGUUGUUUUAUGAAUUUUGAAAUACUUUUUGAAAUGAGAUAAGGACAAACAUACAGUGGUUCUUAUACAACUAUACAAAGUU